AUGGCAUCUUCUCGGAGUAAUCCUACAAUGAAACAGAGAACGCUGCAACAAGUAUUUAGGUUUUCUCUGCACCCUAUUCACCGGUUCGAAGGUACCUGUGCGACGUAUAAGCAGCCCGUAGAAAUCACCAGUUUUAGUUAUGAUAGCAAUAAAGUUUUGCAUAUGGACGAUAGGGAGUUGCGAUAUUAUUAUCCGCCAAAUUUGGUGGAAGAAGCUGAUUUAAAAAAUGGUUACGACGCGUAUAUUCCGAAAGAGAAUGCGCGUGAACCAAUUGAUGCAUUGUUAGACGCUUUGUUUCAUCAUCAGCAGAAAACUGGGGAAAAGACUAUAAGUAGUGCCGAUGUGGUGUCGUGGCGGGGUAUUUUCACAAAGAUUCUGUGCACUCCUUUUGCACGAAAUGAGCCGUGGGAGCUCGGGGCUACAUUGUGGAAUGAACACGAGACAGACUGGUCCACAGAACAAGCGAAUGCCCUUACCCCACAACACAAAGAAAUGAUGUACUGGGGUUAUAAAUUCGAAACGCUAUGCACCAUCCCGAAACCACCGAAAGAAAUAAAAUCAUCAGAUGAUCCAGAUCUAGUCAAUCGGAAACUAGGACUCGUUAAUACUAAUAUUCAGUACUGCUCUGUGGCCAAAGCUACACUUGGAAGAAAUCGUCUGAUAAUGGGUGCAGAAGUUGAUUGUUCGGAUGAUGUAAAGCCACCACCACCACAGAAUCCUGUUGGCUCAUAUGUUGAAUUAAAGACAUCAAAAGUGAUUCAAAAGGAAAAAGAACAAUUCACCUUUGAAAGAUUUAAGCUGUUGAAAUGCUGGGCGCAAUCUUUUUUAAUUGGAACUCCGAAAAUCGUAUUUGGAUUUCGAAAUGAAAUGGGUAUUCUGCAAAGUGUAAAAGAGUUCAAAACAUUAGAGAUACCGCGGAUUGUUCGUGGAAAACCGGGAAUGUGGGAUCCAACCAUAUGUCUUAAUUUCGCCAAUCAGUUUCUGGAAUGGCUACGAAAAGUCGUGGUAAUUGAUGACCCACGAACUUCUUACACUAUAAUGUUUCGGAAACCAUUUAAAAAUAUUGAAGUCGUGCAUGCGAGUGUUGGAAAGUCAGCAGUCGCUGAAAGGUUUAUGUCUAUGCUCGAGGAUAGUUUGUCAAAUAGUUGA